AUGGGAUUUGAGGAUUAUAGUACAGAUUCAAGAGGAGAUAUUGGAAGUUGGAUAAGAGAAGCUAGUAUGGUUGGAUUUCUCGAAAUUAUUCCACUUAUAAUUAAGUUAGAUUCAAUUUCAACAAGUAAACAAUGGUGGAAGACUGAAUUAAAUGCAAGAAUAUUCGGUAAUUUAUUAAAACAAAGUGUUGAGAGAAUUGAUAGAGUAAGGUCUUGUGCUGGUAGAAUUUUAUUGGAGCUUUUGUAUAUGAAAAAAAAUGAUGCCGAUUGUUGGGUUAUUGAAAUACCAGGAAGAGAUGUAUUACAAAAGGUUUUGCCAAAAGAUGAAGUAAUACGUUGGAUAAAUCCUUCAGAAUUAUAUCCUAGAAUGGUGAAAUUAUUGGUUAUACCCGAAUAUAGAUUUGAUUUACUUACAGGAUUGGUACUUGCAGCUGGUGGAAUUUCUGAAUCUUUAGUUCGAUAUUCGAGUAGUAAAUUACUUGAUUAUGCAAGUACAUUAUCAAUUGAUCCUCCUUAUGUAUCUUCAUCGGAAUCAAAAGUAUCAUUAACAGAAUUUGCAAAAUCAUUACUGGAUAUAGCACAACAUUUUCAGAAACAUGAUAGAAUAAUAAUACCAUUAUUAGAGGUGGUUGAUUUAUUAUUUGAGGCCGGAACAUUACAAAAGAUAAAUAAUGAAAAGGAAUUUUUGGAAUUAUUUGAAUGUGUGAAGAAAGAGGUCACUAAAUGUAAAGAUAUUAGAAAAUUGACUGCUUGUAUGAAAGUAUUUUGUGGAAUGUCUUCAUUGAGCGGUACAGUGCGAAAUAAAGCAUUGUAUCAUUUACUUAAUUUAUUGGUUCACCCAUUUCCAAAGAUUCGAAGAAGUACAGCAGACCAAUUAUAUUUAACACUUAGUGGAUCUGUUGAAGAAGAAACCGAAGAAUCUUUGGAAAUUGAAGAAAUAUUAACAAAUACCGAUUGGAAUGAAUCUGUAUCAAAAUUAAAGGAAAUUAGAAAUCGAUUAUAUCCAUUAUUAGACAUAAAGCCACCAGUAUUGAAAUCUUCAUUAUCAACUACUACUAA